AUGCUUCAACCAUUUCAGAACAACAUUGAUAGCCAAAUUAAUUAUAGCCCCAAAUGCCGCAGGGAUAAGGUACCCUAAUCGACGCUGUUUGCUGACUGUCGUAAAAAUACAAAUCCUGCACUCUCAGGUCAGAUGAUGAAAAACGCUUUGUGUUGGUAAUCAAAACUCUAAGAGCCUACUAUCAUCCCCGACAGUGCCUAUCAUGUGUUGUGGAACAUUCUCAUUCGUCAUGCUGUUAUAUCAGUCCGAAUUCCGUUGGAGGCUGUACAAAAUUUGGUAGUCUUUGAACAGUUUUGCUGUGCAAUUCGAAUAAGAUGGACAUCUUAACGGUGGUUCUCCUCGCCAUACUACUACUGCUUCUGCUGUGCGAACUGCGCUUACGUUUGUCGGCAACAUACCGUGCAGCAAAACAUUUUCCCGGGCCCGGGAUGAUUCCUCUACUUGGCAAUGCUCACAACUUAAUGUUCAACGACCAGCGUCGCACAUUUCAAUUACCUCGCCGCUGGGCAACAUUAUACGGCGAUACUUACCGCCUGGUCGUACGUGGAUUUCUUACGCUGAACGCAUUCCAAGCGAAGGACAUCGAACCGCUACUGUCGAGCACGACGUUGAUCGAGAAGGGCAUGAUCUACCAGUUAACGCACCGUUUUCUCGGUUUAGGGCUACUAAACAGUAGCGGCACAAAGUGGCAGCGCCGACGGCGUAUCCUAACGCCGGCUUUUCACUUUAAUAUUUUGCCUAGCUUUCUGCUAACAUUCCAGGACGAGUGUCGGAGUUUGAUCACACAUCUUGGUACGACUUCUGAUAAAGGAGAGAUCGUAGCAUUACAACCGAUUGCCACAAAGUUUACGCUCAACACUAUUUGUGAAACGGCUAUGGGAAUUAAACUCGAUUCGGUGACAAUGGCUAACGAGUAUCGUGGAAAAAUAGAAGCGAUCGGAACUAUGCUUCUGCAACGACUGAUGAACCCGUGGUUAUUUGAGAAUUUUAACUACAAGCUAACUGGUCUCGCCGCUAAGUUCAACAAACUACUUCAACCAGUUCACGCCUUUACGCGUUCUAUAAUCAAGCAGCGACGCGAAUUAUUUCAUCAGAACGUACGCAACAUUGGUGAUUUUUCUGAGGAAAACAUCUACACUAACAUUAAGAAACGCUAUGCCAUGCUCGAUACGUUGUUGGCUGCUGAAGCGAAGCAACAGAUCGACGAGGAAGGAAUCCGUGAAGAGGUGGAUACGUUCAUGUUCGAGGGUCACGACACAACGUCGGCUGCCCUUAUCUUCACACUGUUUCUCGUAGCACAUCAUCCCAACGUGCAGCAGCGACUGUAUGAAGAGAUUCAGCAACUUCAGCGGCCAGAUUCGAUACAAGAAUUAACGCAGAGUGACUACAGCGAGAUGAAACUCAUGGAUAGGGUGCUGAAGGAAUCGCUCCGCUUGUACCCACCAGUGCCCUUUAUUUCCCGCACCAUCACCGAAGACACGCUAUUUGGCGAGCGCCGCGUUCCGAAGGAAACCCUUUUCAACGUGCAUAUAUUCGAUCUGCACCGCGAUCCGAAAGUGUUUCCUGAUCCGGAGAGGUUCGAUCCUGAUCGAUUCCUGCCUCAAAACACCGAAGGCCGUAGCCCAUAUGCGUACGUACCGUUCAGUGCGGGUCCGAGAAACUGCAUCGGACAACGGUUCGCCAUACUGGAACUUAAGGCAGCCCUAUCGGCCAUUCUGAUAAACUUCCGCGUCCUACCGGUUACAACCCGCGAAGAGUUAGUGUUUGUAGCAGAUAUGAUUUUGCGCACUGAAAAGCCCAUUUAUGUGAAAUUUGAGCGUAGAUGUUGAUGUGUUGUUGAUGUUGAUGUCAUUGUUGUGUUAAAUGCGAUCAUAAAAAGACAAACUGUACCAGACAUACUUUCAGCUACUUAUUUUGCAAAGACAUCAUAGCUCUCUAGAU